AGAUCAUGGAUGGGUCCUUUGAUCCUAUUGAAAGGGGAGACACGGUGGACAGCUGGGAUGUUCAGGACGGUCCCAUGUUUAGAUAGGGACCUGCAUUGACAUCCCGACCCUGACCCAAACUUGGAAUAUGAACCUGAAGGAUGAGCGAAGAUGGAAAAGGGAAAUUGCGGUUCAUGAUAUCUCCUGGCCUCCUUUCUCUCUCCUUCGUUCCACGCCUCAACGAGGCUUCUCUUCAAAUCGCUGCGGUUGCAGUUGCCUAGGCCCUCUGACCUCGACGCUGUCUAAUUUUCACUUCCAUGAUGGCGUUUGUCCCGACCGGCGGGUUGGCUCCACGCUUGGCAAAACGGGUUUUUGUCUUGGUUUUCAUGGUCAUGGCCGUUGGCUCCUACCGCCUUCUGCGCGAUGCCAGCUUUACCCACACCAUUUCCACCCAUUACGAAGACCUUACGAAUAGUGUUUGGAUGCAAUUACACGUUAAUGCUGAAUAUUUGUCUCAAUCGGAAGCAGAGCUCCUCAAGCGGCCCGAGACUAUCGGUCUCAUCGAGCAGCAUGAGGCGGCUGGUCUGUCGAAACAACAAGUCCUGUCCGAGACGAUCCGGAUCCUGGCCGAAUACAACCGCGCCGACAAGGCCUGGAUACGCGAUGGGGAAAUCGACCAGCAACGCCAGCUUUUCCAGAAGGAACAUGAGGCCUUGUCAAGCAAACCUGGCGCUGAUGCCUUGUAUGGAACAUCGCUCAAGGGGCUCUCUGUGAAUGACUUCUGGAGAAGUCGAUCCCAUAAAGCCGCACUGACAGCAACUAACGAAAUCCUUUCCUACGCUACGGACAAGCCUUACAUCUAUGAUCCGUAUUUACAGAUGGAAACUGCCGCUGGGUUCGUGCAAUGCCAGGGCCCGGACAACCAGCCCGUGGGCGAAACCUUUGUCGUCAAGGUUUUGAAGGGCACACCGCCCAGCUUCCCGAAGUCCGCCUUUGGCAGCCACCAAGUCCUCGACAUGGACGACAACCUUUGCUUCGAAAGAGAGACUCGCUUGGCACCGUACGGGUAUGGCAACACCAGCAAAUGGAGCCAUGCGAACUGGGGCCAGUUGCAGGAAACUUGCACCAAGAACAACUCGGGACGUUACUCAGAACGUGGACAACCAAACGUCUACUUGGGCCUCUACGGCGGCGAACGUCCCAUUGGGUCAUUGCAGAACAAGCUGCUCAAGCAGCUCUCCAUGGCGGGGCUGGACGAAAAGAAGGAACAGCGGACCGCCGUCGUGCUGCGGACAUGGACCGGAAAGGUCUACUCCGAGAACGACAUCCUUGUGAUCCGGUCCCUGGUAGCAGAGCUCAGUCUCCGCACGGGCGGACGAUACCAAGUAUUCCUGUUGAUCCAGGACAAGGGAAACGACGCCACUAUCUGGGAAUCCAAGUCGGCCUACGACAGCCUCCUGCAGCGAAGCGUCCCCCAGGAAUUCGUCGACAUGUCCAUCCUGUGGAACGACGCGCUCACGCAGGACACGUAUAAGAAGCUGUUCCCCACGGUAGCCAUCGUCCACGUGGCUCAAUGGCUUCCCGUGCAGAUCUUCUCGCAGGAUCACCCCGAAUUCGAUUUCGUCUGGAACAUGGAGCUCGACUUCCGGCUCACGGGACACCACUACGAGUACGUGGAAAAGCUCGCUUCCUUCGCCAAGGCCCAACCACGCCGCGGACUAUGGGAACGAAACGAGCGGUAUUACAUCCCCUCCAUCCACGGCGACUACGACACCAAAUUCCGCAAGGACACCGAAAAAGGAACAACGGACGCCGUCUGGGGGCCGCCUCAGCUGCCAUACAUCAGGCCCAUCGGCCCGAUGCCCCCCGUUGCCGACCCCAAGGACGACAACUUCAAAUGGGGCGUCGGCGAGGAAGCAGACAUGAUCACCGUAGGCCCCAUCGUCAACGCGCCAAAGUCAGACUGGAUCAUCAAAGACCAAGUCUGGGGGUACAACGGCACGUCCACCCCUCGCCGCGGGACCAUCAUAACACAGUCACGCGUCUCGAAGCGGCUCCUCGAUAUAAUGCACGUCGAGAACCUUCGGGGAAACCACGUUUCCUCAGAAAUGACACCCCAAACCGUCGCGCUACACCACGGCUUGAAGACCGUGUAUGCGCCCAUCCCGGUGUAUCUCGACCGGCCCUGGCAAGGCGAGGACCUAGAGCGCUGGUUUAAUUGCGGCUUUAGCUGUGGGAGGGAGAGUGGCAACACGACGCUGGGCGCGCCGCUGGGGUGGGGCCGGGAGGGGAGGUUUGUGGGGAGUACCUGGUACUAUCGGGCGGAUCCGCCAGAGAGGAUGUAUAGGAAUUGGAUGGGAUGGGAACAUUCGGGGACGGGGGGCAAGGAGUGGGAGGAGCAGGUCGGGAGGGCGUGUUUGCCGAGCUUGAUGUUGCAUCCGGUGAAAAAUGUAGAGCCUUGA